UGCCAUCGAGUUAUCGCGUUGUUUCAGUGGUGAUUACGUCACUCAACCGCGGAAGUGUUUCGGUGUUCAGAAGCCGUCACAAGUACUAUUGUGUGUUUACACACGGACACAAAGCUAACAGCGUACGUUUAAGCUAUUUUAAAGUGUUGGUUAGCAGGUGACCGUCAGCUAACAAACGCUGUGAUUUCGUUUAGUCAACCUACCGUCGGACAACGACUCACUACGACCGAAAGAAAACGUCUGAAUAGUAUAGAAAUGCGAAACACCAUUUUCCAGCACCGUUAAGAAUCCAAGAAACAACAGUUUGUGUCAUGCAUGGCUGCAUACUAUUUUUUACGGUUUUCUCACCUAUUGAAGAAAGGACUGCCUACGAAACAAGUCUGGACAAAAUCUAAUAACGCCUCAAUCGUGGUGUCUGCUCAAGUUGUGUUAAUGACUGCGCUGGUAGACUUUGAACCUUCAGCAAAGAGACUCAGGGUGGAAAUCAGCGCCCAAACGUCUCCUUCAUCUUCUCUCCGAGGGCCGUCCUCGUGUAUUCGGAGCAAGGAUGAUGACACACUAGAUCAAGAAAGGAGGCAAAACGGCACCAAGAUGGACAUUCGACCAAAGACUGGAGCAGACAGUUUGCGCGGUGUGAAGACAAAAGGUGAUCGGCGGAGAAUCGGCCCCAGUCCCCAACAGAAGUUCAAAAAUACUCUUCACCACUGGCUGGUUAAGCCCCCACCAAACCCAAGUACACCGGAAGGGUGCAAAACGCCAGAGGAUGUAGAGAUGGCCGGAGACUGUAGCUUUCAAGGCACUUCAGCUCCUCUUCUGGAUGGUGGGAAUGCUGAAAAUGUCCUCCUGUCCGAUGCAGAGGAAAAGGACCAACCGGCGUCACCAGAAUAUCUGGCUGAAGACGAACCUGUAUCACCAGCUUCCGAGGAUUCUGAAGGAGGACGUGGACGAAUGCAGACACAGUCUCACAGUUAUGGUGGAUGGGGAAAAAAAGAAGCAGAUACCCGCUCAGAGGGCUCUGCCAAACACAAGACAAAAAUAACAGACUUCUUUUCAGGGACGACAUCACCAGAUGUACCUGUGAGCAGGGGCGGGCCAGAUGAGUCUCCAGAAGAACAAGAUACAGACGGGGAAACUACGUUUGCUGCUGACGAGCUGGAGGUCAAGUGGCUGGGGACGCCAAUCAAAGAACUGAAGAGAAUGCCUGAAUGUGGCAGCGUGCUUCCUCCGCUGAGGGACGUUCCUGGCGAGCACACUGUGAUGAUACGGACAGACCUUCUUAGGAGAGGAAGAGUUCCUGUUCCGUAUCCUGCUCAGUUUAAGGAUACUUGGGAUGAUGUCCAUGUCAAGAUGCCUUGUUCCAGUUCGAACCUAUUUCCUGUACUGGAUGAGGUAACACAUGGACUUCAGAAUAAGAGUCGGUGGGAGUUGAUUAAGGAGACUUUAAACAAGACAUUUUUAAGUCAACCCGAGUUGAAGGAGGCGAUAUUAAAAUAUAGUGCUUCGCAGGCCAAGAAAUGGGACUUCACUGCAUUACGUCUGUACUGCACCAAGGUCCUGGAGCCUGAUGCUGCUGAACAUCUGUUUGACUCCCUGCUGCCAGAUAUGGUGCAAUUAGCACUGAGAGCAUCCGAGCUCUGUACCAAGCCAAUACCCCUCCUUAAGGGAGGCAUGAACCACUCCAUCACCAUGUCACAGGAGCAGGUGGCAUGUCUGCUCGCCAACGCCUUCUUCUGCACCUUCCCCCGCCGCAACUCCAGAAGGAAUGAAUACUGCAACUACCCAGACAUCAACUUCUUCAGGCUUUUCGAAGGUUCCUCUCAAAUGAAGAUUGAGAAACUGAAAACCCUAAUGUGCUAUUUCAAAAGUUUCACCGAACAAAAGCCUACCGGACUUGUAACAUUCACACGGAAAAGCUUGGAUAAACCUCUGAAUUGGACAAGCUCACAGACUCAACUCACAAAGCUCCACAUUACCUGUGAAGGCACCAUUGAGGACGAUGGUCAUGGGAUGCUUCAGGUGGAUUUCGCCAAUCAGUUUGUGGGAGGAGGAGUCACCGGCUCGGGUCUCGUCCAAGAGGAAAUCCGUUUUCUAAUCAACCCUGAGCUCAUUAUCUCUCGCCUCUUCACCGAAGCCCUGGAUCCCAAUGAAUGUCUGAUCAUCAAAGGUACCCAACAGUACAGUAAAUACACUGGCUAUUCUCACACCUACCAGUGGGGGGGCAGCCACCGGGACACAACUCCAAGAGAUGGCUGGCAGAGAAGAUGCACUGAGAUUGUGGCCAUCGAUGCGUUGCAGUUCAAGAACUUUCUUGAACAGUUUAAUCCAGAUAAACUAAACCGAGAACUAAACAAGGCCUACUGUGGCUUUGCCCGACCCGAAGAACGAAGCCAAAACCUUGCGGCAGUGGCCACGGGGAACUGGGGCUGUGGGGUUUUUGGAGGUGAUGCACGUCUGAAAGCCCUGCUCCAGAUGCUGGCAGCUGCCGAGGCGGGCCGAGAUGUGGCAUAUUUCACUUUUGGUGACAGCCAGCUCAUGACAGAUGUCCACAAGAUGCACUCUUUCCUUACGCAGAGAAAAGUCUGUGUAGGGGAGGUGUAUGAUCUCCUGGGAAAGUACCACAGCUCAGUGUGCAAGAGCUGCCCCAGUCGGCGCCCUGACGUCAGCCUCUACUCCUUCAUCUACCAACAGGUCGGCUCCUCCCCAGCGCCGGACGACUCGACCAGACGUCACGUCCCUGGAGACGGCCUUUAAGGUCAGGUGGCUGAUGAGUCACCUUGCCUUAUUUACUAAAAGAAGAAAAAAACAUUUAAACCUUCGUUUUUAAUUACAAAGUUGAUUAACAGUGGUGGAUAAACCAAAUGGGGUCUCCACCACUGGCAGUGGAAAAAUAACAAUGUAGCAUGCAGAUCUUCAAGAACGAUGAGACUGCAGAGGGUGAUUAGUUACGACCCCGACUGGCGCCAUGUUCAUUUUGCUGCUGCUGGUAAUACACCAGUGGAUUGAGCUUCGAUAUGACGCAAUUGUGACUUUAAUGGUGAAGCAAAGGUUGUUAUCCAUCUUCCGAGUUUGUCGUGUUGCCUUUUUUUUUUUUUUUUUUUACACCCACACGUAUCCAGCCUAAUUGGAUUGGCUGUCAGAAAUCAAGUUAAAGGAAAGGAAUAACAAGAAACAAGAUUUGGAAAGUUUGGCUUGUUUUAAAGACCAGCAGGAUUCUUUGUAAAAAUCAUCUUCUAACUUUUGCAUUCACAGCAGAAUUCUACUUGCAAUCAUAGGUCCACUCAUACAUUUUUUGGAUUAUUUGCUGUAUGCGAUGCUCAUACUAAGAAACCCAGUUGCACUUAACGGAUGAAUUUCAUCUGUUUGUUUCUCUAUUCCACACCUCAUUUCAAUGUGUAUUUCUUAUUUAACAGAUUUUGAUUCUGAAACGGUCGAAAUAAAAUCAGUUUGAAGUCAA